AGAGGUAGUAGUUUCUGCUGAUUAGUUUGUUGAUGUAGAGAAGCCGAGCUUUGGCACAAUUCGAUGCAAGAGAGUGAGUUCGAUCAUGUCGAGUAAAAAUACCGCUAAUCGAAAAGUUAAGAAGGGCUAACGGGAUCAAGUCCAGCACCCACGUUCGACGAAUCCUAUUUAGGGGAUCUGAUCGAUUUUGCAGCUGCUCUGGGAGAGGCCGCGAAGCAAUCGAAGGACCGAGCCAGGGGCGAUGCUUCUUCUGCCUCAGCGAGCAUGGAGAUGGAGCUGUCGAACAGUCUGAGGCUGACUCUAGCUGAACGUCGUGAACGUGGUUUGUGGGUACCGCCGCAAAAGCCGGAGGAAGCGUACCAAGUACCGAAGGAGAAGCUCGCAGAGUGGAACAGAAAAGCAAAAGAGGAGAAUAGGCCGUACGGAUGGGGCCUAUAUAUGGCAGCUGAGCUAGACAAGGUGGAGACCGGAAAAGAGAGGUGGCUUAGACAGAAGGAAGCGGACUUGCAUAGCCACACCUGGGAUACAGGACCUUGCUCUGCGCGGCAGGCGGGUUUAACACGUGGGGGGAGAGACGCGCACAACGUCUUCGGUCACAUCCUUACCGGGAAUAGCUCGAAAAGUGAGCAGAAACUUAAGUUAGACGAGCACGAGCAGAAGAGGAAGAUGGAAGAGGUAGAAAGUGCCUAUUAUAAAAAGAACUCGAUCAGUACUAUUUUGACUAAGAAGAAGAUCUAGUUUUAAAGACCCAGAAAAUGAACAAAAUGAGGAGGGAGAAAAUCCAGCCUCCUCCAUAGCGUUCGGGUCCUUGUAAAGUGAUUUUAGCGCUUGUCAAAUGACAAUGAGCUACAUCGAAGGGCACUUGCAUGGUGUUGAAUUUCAAAAGUCAGGACGAUCGACGUUUGGAAGUAAAUGCUAUAGCUUCAAAGAGAAGCAACAGUAGAAGAACUUAACUUAAUCUUAAGACUUCCAAAAGCCAGAUGUUACUUGAUGAAGAUCUUCGUGCUGCUAGAUGUAGGAAAUAGAAGAGGUGCAGUAGACUCAGGUAGAUCAGUGUGUAGGUGCUGUUGUUCUGAAGAGUAUAUUGAAGCGGAUAGCCGCGAGUGAGAGUAGCGAUCUGGGGUAGUUGAUUCCUCAACGAGCUCAGCAAGUCCGUCUAGGUGUCCGCGGAGGUCAACUAAGUGGAGGGCGUUGCCUACUUCGAAGCGUGGGAGAGAGGCUUUGCGGUAAUGCAGUUGCUAGACAACUUCUUCGUUCGUCAACUACAUCUAGCUGCCAAUAAUCAGGGACGGAAUUUGUCGGACAUGAACUAAAUGUACUGCAUGUAGAGGGAGCUACCGGCCAGAGGAUUCGCGGAAGGGUCCGAUCGUAAUUUCUGCCGAUCUGGCGCUUGAUGCGCAGGGCUGUUGGGAGCCCCUCUCGAUCUAAAUCUAAUACUAAAUGGGCCUCGGCAUUGGCCUUUAAGAACAGAAUUCAAGCACCAGCACUGUGCCUCAGGCUUCACAUGAUACACAUAGAAGCAGGUCCACAACACCAGC